AUGGGUCCAUAUAUGCACCAAAGAAACCAACCAAUGUCCCUCCUUAUAAGGAAACUGAAAUAUGAUACAUCACCAUCCAUGGUUCGAGAGAAAUUUAAAAAAUUCGGAGCCAUCAAGGAUGUGUACUUACCAAUAGAUUAUUACACGAAAGAACCAAGAGGUUUUGGUUUUGUGGAAUUUUAUGAUCCCAAAGAUGCUGAACAAGCAUUAAAAGAAAUGAACGGAUCAGAAAUAGAUGGAAAUAGAAUAGAAGUAUUUGUAGCACAAAAAGGAAGAUCAGAUCCAAGACUUAUGAGAUAUAAAGAAAAGGGAGGAGGAAUACCACCAGGACCUUAUCCUUAUAGGAAAUAUUCAGAUUAUAGAAUAAGGAAAAGAUAUAUUUCAAAAUCUCACUCAAGAUACAGAUCCUAUUCGAGAGAUAAAAUUAGAAGAAGAGAUGAUAGAUCAAGAGAAAGAUUUAGAUACAGAAAUAGUUACGAUAGAAAAAUGGAAGGAUAUAGAGACAAAAAAAACUAUUACCCAAAAAGUAGUUAUAAUAAAUAUCGAAAUAAAGAUUAUGAUCGAAGUGUAAGCAGAAGUAGAAGAUCUAGAGAUUAUAGAAAUGAUAGCCCAAGAUAUAAAGAAAAACGAAGAUAUGACAAAUAUUACAGAAGUACUAGUAGAAGAAUGAGCAGAGGAGGAGGAGGAGGGGGAGAUGAUAAAUAUGAACGAAGAAGUCGACAUGAUAGAAAAGAUAAUUAUAAAUCCAAAUAUAAUAAUAGUAAUGAUGAUGAAUACAGUGAUGAAACUAGAAAUUCUAGUAAACAUUCCAAAAAACAAAAUGUUUCGAAAUCUAUUUCUUUUAACACAGAAAAAGAUGAUACAAGAAAAAAAAAUGACAAUGUUAAUGAAAAGGAUAAUUCCAAAGAUUGGCGUGAGAGCGAAGAGAGGAAUGAUGAUCAGAGCAACAGAAGGGAAUCUGUGAACAGUCAAGACGAGGAAUCUAGUUAA